CACGGCAGCCCCACUUCCAACCCCCACUCUCUCUUGUCAUUGCUCUGCUACUAGUACUGCCUUCUUGUAUUUUCGACUUUAUCAAGGCUCGCAGAAUUCUCAUCAUACGUACAAUUCUCCUAAUGGCUGCUGCUGCAAGUCUUCCUCUGCUUCAAUUCUCAGCUCACUCCCUGCAACCCAAACUCCCAACUAACAAGAAAUUCAGACCCACAUUUGUGGACCCUUUAUCUCCACCUGCGUCAUCUUCAAAGUCAAAUGGGAGCUGUAGAAAUUUUGCUGUGAUUAGGUGCGCUUAUGACUCGAAUGGGGAUGGAAGAGGGCCUGGUAGUGGAGGUGGAGGUGUGGAGGACGGCGCCAAGAGUGUGGAGAAGAUUAUUGAAGAGAAAAGGCGAGCUGAAUUGUCUGCCCGUAUUGCUGCUGGCGAGUUUACAGUUGAGAAAUCCGGAUUUCCGUCAGUGCUCAAGAAUUCUUUACUGAAAUUGGGGGUGCCUAAAGAUAUUCUUGAGUUUUUGUUCGGGAAGAUAGGUGCUGCGGAUGAUUAUCCAAAGAUUCCAGAGGCAAAAGGAUCGGUUAGUGCAAUCCGGAGUGAGGCCUUCUUCAUUCCUCUCUAUGAGCUUUACCUCACUUAUGGCGGGAUUUUUAGGUUGACCUUUGGUCCCAAGUCCUUUUUAAUUGUUUCAGAUCCAUCAAUUGCCAAACAUAUUCUGAAGGACAAUUCAAAAGCUUAUUCAAAGGGCGUCCUUCACGAGGCACCGUCGUCGUUUUUCAUGCCGUGGUGUGCAUCGUGCCAAGCCUUGCCCAAUGCAGGGCAACGGCCGUCUGCCCAUGUUGCCUUAGCCAAUGUCGCUAGUUAUGCCUGCACUGAGAAGCUCAUGAAUAAAUUCUUGCCAAUGCCAGCAUCAUCUCCGGAGUUGGAGAUUGAAACUGGGCUUUUGGAUAAAGCAGAAAAAGAAGAGUCAGAGUUUGGUGGAGAAUUUCUUCCGGAAGAAGAGUUGGAAAAGCAAAUAGCUGAUACAAAAGAAGUUGAAAUGAGAACUGAAUCUGGGGAGGAUGGAAAGAAAGAGCAGCACGUAGAGGGGCAUGAAGAGCCCAAGGAACAAAAACUUUACAAAGAUGAAAGUUUUAAAGAGAAGGGGUAUGAAGAAGAUGUUGGUGAAUACUUGGAAGGGGAGGAUGACCGGUCGCUUGGAGGGCAAUUUGUUAAAAUUUUAGGUGUGGAGAAAGUGGACAAAGAACCUUUGAUUGAAGAACGAAAAGAUGAGAAGCCAUCAGCUGAGAUAAAGAGAGUCGUGGUUGUAACGGUGCCAGAGAAGAAAAAUGCUGACGAUGUUACAAAGACAGAUGAAGUAGUUAUAAUCGCUAGAGGAACUAGGACUGAGAUUAAAAAUGUGGAAAUGGUGACCAGAAAUGAUGAAGACAAGGCAUUAAGGCAGGGAACUACAGGUGAUCUGGAAAAGAUUAGGGAUAAGGGUGACAUUGGUGAAUCUGUCAAGAAGAAUAAGAAGAAGAACAAGCAUCACGGGAAGAAAUCGCAUGGAGUUGGAGGGAAAAAAGAACACAAUCACAGGAAAACUACAAAAGAGAUGAAUGAAAAAUUAAACAAACAAUUCAGUGAGAAAGGAGAGAAGACAAUUGCAGAUGCUAAAAGGGGAAGCGCAGAAGCAACAGGUGAAGGUUCAACUACAGAAAAGGUAGAUGUAGAUGAUAGAAGCAGUGUCUUGGCAUCUCACAGGCUGAUUGGCGAUCAAGGAACAUUAACCAAUGGCAACCGUGCUGCAGAAAGCUGCAAAACUGUGGGGGUGGAACUGAAACCUGGAGCAGUUACUCAAGGAAGCGGAGUGGACUCUAAUGUUUCUGAUGAAAAGGAGGUCAAUGCAAUUGAAUCAAAUACAGAAACGAGGGAAACUGCUAUAGUUUGGUCUCCAGAGAAGGGUGCUAAAGAAAAAAACUUGGAUUUUGUGGAGAAUCAAGUGCAGGUGUUUCCCAAAUCCAGGGGGGAGGCUCCAAUUUCUUCGAAUGAGAUUUCUGCCAGGGAGGGGAAGAUGUGGGAGCAGAUAAAUGCAAUGCGAAUGAUAGUUGGAUACAAAGCAGCCCCUCAGUCAUCCUGCAUGGAGGAACUGAAGGCUUUAUACAUCUUCACUGGGGUUGAACCACCAUCAUCUUUUGACAAGCCCUGUGACCUCAGAGAAGCUGAGGAUAAACUUCACUUUCUCAUGUCUAUUGUAGGAGUCAAGUAGAAUCCUCUACUGCUGUAGUGUUCCUGGAGAGUUUUUGUGGUUUCUUUCUUCUCGUGAUUUGUACCUUUUUUUUUUCCUUUCUUUUGAGUCACUGAACUUUUGUUUGUUCAUGCUGGAUGAUAAAUUUAUUUCAACAUAUAU